GCUGAUGAUUCGUGGCUGUCGUGUUUUGGUCUCUGCUAACGCCGGAGUCUGAAGAUGACAGCGAGAAAGUCUGGGUCACGACUCGAGACCGAGAUAGAACGGUGCCGUUCGGAAGGGCAAUGGGACAAGAUACCAGAGCUUGUACGGCAGCUGUCUGCUAAACUAAUAUCAAACGAUGACCUGGGGGAGCUGCUGCUGGGGGAGGCCAAGCUCCAGCAGUACAUCAAGGAGAACCCCAUCAAGCAGGGGGCCAGCCCCAGGGGCCCAAGACCCAGGCUAGUGGAGGUCCACAAACACCUGACUGCUGCCCUGGACCGAGGGAACCUCAAGCCGGACUACAUGCAAGAGGCCAGCAUGUUAAUGGCCAAGCUGUCCUACGUGGAGGGAGACUACAGUGAAGCCAUCAACCAGUAUGGCAAAGUGACCCUGGACGAGCUGGCGCUGGUGGGAGCCCCUGUCUACCGUCUCUCCAUGAUCGCCGAGGCAUACGCUACCAAAGGUCUGUGUCUAGAGAAAGUCCCGGCUGCGUCUCCGUCCCUGUCCAAUCGUAACGUGGACAAAGACCAAGAAGUGAUUACCUGCUAUGAGAAGUCUGGAGACAUCGCCCUGCUCUACCUACAGGAAGUAGAGAAGGCCCUCAGUGCGGGGAUGCAGAACCGCAGUCCAAAGCCAGGCCCAGUGGCACAGGAACAGGAGCUGGGAUACUUCCUGGAGACUGGACUUCAGAGGGCACAUGUCAUCCACUUUAAAAAUGGUAACCUGACCCGGGGAGUGGGCCGCUUCCGGGAGAUCCUCCGAGCUGUAGAGACCAGGACCACACAGAACUUACGAAUGACCAUAGCGCGACAGCUAGCAGAGAUCCUGCUGAGGGGGAUGUGUGAGCAGAGCUACUGGAGUCCUCUGGAGGACCCUCCCAGCCAGUCCCCCCUGGAUGACCCACUACUACGCCAGGGAGCCCCCUACACCAAGGACUACGCACUCAGCCGCCGGCCACGUGUCUACUCCGGAGAGAAUCUGUUUUGUCCACAGGAAAACACAGAAGAGGCUCUGCUCCUGUUGCUGAUCAGUGAAUCUAUGGCCAACAGAGAUGCGGUGCUGAGCAGGAUUCCAGAGCACAACAGCGACCGCAUCAUCAGCCUGCAGAGUGCCUCUGUGGUCUACGACCUACUGACCAUCGCCCUAGGCCGACGGGGACAGUACGAGAUGCUCUCUGAGUGUCUUGAGAGGGCCAUGAAGUUUGCCUUUGAGGAGUUCCAUCUCUGGUACCAGCUGGCCCUUUCACUGAUGGCUGCUGGGAAGUCGGCCCGAGCGGUAAAGGUACUGAAGGAGUGUAUCCGUCUGAAGCCCGACGACCCAACCAUUCCCCUGCUAGCCGUCAAGCUGUGCAUCGGAGCACUCCAUUGGCUGGAGGAAGGAGAGUGUUUUGCUAAGAUGGUGGUGGACAUGGGGGAGAAGGCCUCAGAGUUCCGAGCUAAAGGUUACCUAGCCAUCGGCCUGGUGUACAGCCUCAAGGCUACAGACGCGUCCCUACGGGGGAUGCAGGAGGAGUAUCAGAGGAAGGCGCUGGGUGCAUUCCAGAGAGCCCAGAGCUUGUCCCCCACAGACCACCUGGCUGCCUUCUACCUGGCCCUGCAGCUGGCUGUGUCACGGCAGAUCCCGGAGGCACUGGGGUACGUGCGUCAGGCUCUGCAGCUGCAGGGAGACGACGUGCACUCUCUCCACCUGCUGGCCCUACUGCUGUCGGCCCAGAAACACUACCACGACGCUCUCAACAUCAUCGAGAUGGCGCUCAGCGAGUACCCAGAAAGCUUCAUCCUGUUGUUCACCAAGGUGAAGCUGGAGACGUUGUGUCGAGGACCUGAGGAGGCUCUGCUCACCUGCAAACACAUGCUGCAGAUCUGGAAGUCCUGUUACAACCUCACCAACCCCAGUGAUUCAGGUCGAGGGAGCAGCCUGUUGGACAGAGCCAUAGCAGACAGAAGGACGCUCAAUGCCAUGACCCUGCCUGACUUCAGUGAUCCAGAAACGGUCUCUGGCUCCUCCUCUCUCUCGGGGUCCGAGCCCGCCUCCCCUUCUUCCCCUCUCUUUCACGCCGGCCCCUCCCACCUCCCUCCACCCAUCACACCCCCCAGGGCCGACCCCCCUCUGCACCCCCCAAAGCUGGCCGGCGGCCAUCAUGCUUUCUGUGACCACACCCCUCGACGAGAGUCCACCAAUAGCUCGGUCCACGCCACAUCCAUGGCGGCGUCGCGGGUGGAACAGGCCCUGUCAGAGGUGGCCUCCUCCAUGCAGAGCAGCGCCCCCAAACAUGGACCCCUACACCCCUGGAUGACUCUGGCUCAGAUCUGGCUCCACGCAGCGGAGGUGUACAUUGGCAUGGGCAAGCCUGCGGAGGCGACGGCCUGCACCCAGGAGGCUGCCAACCUGUUCCCCAUGUCCCACAACGUGCUGUUUAUGCGGGGCCAGGUGGCUGAGCUGCGGGGCAACGUGGACGAGGCCAAACGCUGGUACGAGGAGGCCCUCUCCAUCAGCCCCACCCACGUCAAGACCAUGCAGAGACUGGGUCUGAUCCUGCACCAGCUGCAGCGGUACAGCCUGGCAGAGAAGAUCCUUCGGGAUGCGGUGCAGGUGAACUCGACGGCCCACGACGUGUGGAACAGCCUGGGGGAGGUGCUGCAGGCUCAGGGCAACGCUGCUGCCGCUACAGAGUGUUUCCUCACCGCCCUGGAGCUAGAGGCCUCCAGCCCCAUACUCCCCUUCACCAUCAUACCACGACAACUCUGACCUGGGAGAGAGGCGUGUGUGUGUGUGUGCGCACGCACACACACACACACACACACAAGCUGCUUUAUCCCCCCAGUGUGAAGGUGCCAAAAACCUUCCUCAGAUGCGCCACCAUCAACCACCCUGUGAUGUCUCGGGCCCAUCUCUUUCAUCCCAAUGAGAUUAGACAACUACCUCUCUCCUCUUGAGGCCAUUCAUAGGCCUAGCUAGAUGAGCUGGAGGGAGGGACCAUGGACAAAAAACCCAAACACUGAUUAUCUGGUCCAAUAAUAUACAUCAAUGUAACUGUUGUUGCCAUGCCAACACCAAUGUGCUGUCUCCGCCCCCUAGUCUCUGCUGUGACCACUGUAUCGUAUACCACAACCCCUUGCUGUGCCUGACUAUGACUCCUGCACUCCAGCCUUUAUCUAAUCUACACUGAGCAAAAAUAUAAACGCAACAUGUAAAGUGUUGGUCCCAUGUUUCAUGAACUGAAAGAUCCCAGAAAUUUUCCACAUGCACAAAAAGGUUAUUUCUCUCAAAUGUUGUGCAUAAAUUUGUUUACAUCCCUGUUAUUGAGCAUUUCUCCUUUGCCAAGUCCAUCCACUUGACAGGUGUGGCAUAUCAAGAAGCUGAUUAAACAGCAUGCUCACUGCAUAGGUGCACCUUGUGCUGGGGACACUAAAAUGCCACUCAAAAAGUGCAGUUUUGUCACAUAACACAAUGCCACAGAUGUCUCAAGUUUUUAGGGAGUGUGCAAUUGGCAUGCUGACUGCAGGAAUGUCCACCAGAGAAUUUAAUGUUAAUUUCUCUACCGUAAGCCGCCUCCAACGUUGUUUUAGAGAAUUUGGCAGUACGUCCAACCGGCCUCACAACCAUAGACCACGUGUAACCACGCCAGCCCAGGACCUCCUCAUCCGGUUUCUUCACCUGUGGGAUCGUCUGAGACCAGCCAUCUAGGCAGCUGAUGAAACUGAGUAUUUCUGUCUGUAAUAAAGCCCUUUUGUGGGGGAAAAUUAUUUCUGAUCGGCUGGGCCUGGCUCCCAAGUGGGUGGGCCUAUGCCCUCCCAAGCCCACACAUGGCUGUGCCCCUGCCCAAUCAUGUGAAAUCCAUAGAUUAGGGCCUAAUGAAUUUAUUUCAAUUGACUGAUUUCUCCUUUGCCAAGAUAAUCCAUCCACCUGACAGGUGUGAACUGUAACUCUGAACUGUAACUGUAAAAUCGUUGAAGUUGUUGCAUUUUAUAUUUUUGUUCAGUAUCCAUGGUGGGGGGGGGGGUUUAGCCGUACAGGCUGGCUACUCACUGAUCCAUCUGUUUUCUCUGGCUGUUGAUCUAUGGGAGAGGAGAAGGAGGGUGCAGAGGGACUUUCAGGCAGACAGAGUUGCAGAGGUUUGCAUUCCAGAUGACAUGGACAAUGUAGUGCUAUGCAGCGGACAAUGGCUGACUACAGUGGUACAUACCAUCACCAGACCCCCCCCCCAUGUCUGUGCUGGUGAAUUGUUGUAGCUUUCCACCCAAAUGAUGCUGACUGUGUUUAACCUGACAAUGCUUGUAUGUAUGUAUGUACGGUAUGCGUGUCUGUGCGUGUGUAUAUAUGCACCUGUUUGUAUGUGCGUUUGUACAUUUGCGUGUUCAAAAGGCUUUUCGUUAUUUGUUCAUGGAAAAAAAACUGUUAAAGAAGUUACACACUGUCACUUGAAAGAUGUAUAUUUUAUGGUGAAACUAUAGUUUACAUGAUAUCCCACACUCAGUGUGGAAGGCCUCACACACACACGUGUGUCGUGAGGUUGUGUCCUUUUGCUGUUCCUCUACAUCCCAAAAUGCAACAGUUUAAAAACAGGUGAUGUUACUGCAUUUGAAAUGAGCUCCUCCUCCUCGAUGAACUUCAUCAGACGCACCCUCAGCGGGUUGGUAUAACCGGAAACAUCUGAUUUACCAUAUCUUCAAUGUGGGGACCCCAUUCAGGCAAGUGUUUUAUGCCUGCUACGUUAGGUUACAUCCGAUGUAGUUAUUUCAGUUACUGUAACCUUAAAUCCGUUAGAUAGACAAGCUCACUGAUGUGAAUGCCAAAAACAGUGAUUUUAAAACACUUAAUGUCUUGUCUAUGGUUUCUUUCUGUCCAAAAACAAAUGACUUUUUUUUUCACAUUACCUUUGAUUAUAAGUGCAGAUUAUUAUUAUUUCUGACUGGUAAUUAUUAGAUGUUCAUUAUUUUAGACGUUUAAAUUAUAUUUUACAGUGAAUGACAUUACAGAGGCGUCACAAACACUGCAAUAUGCUUCUUUUGAGUAGAUUGUACUUGAAGUACACAGCGGAGAGGAGCUGACUGUUUUCAGCUCAGUUAUAGGGUAAAUAUGUCAAUGUUUCUCGUCUGCUGUAGUACUUCUUUGAAUGCAGAAUCUACCUAGCAACCACAAUAGGAGCCUGCAUGGCAUGUCCCGUUGUGAAUGGCCAGUAUGCCCCAGGCCUCUGGUUUGAUAUGGUCCAACCAACAGCAACAUUGAGAUGGCAUGUCUGUCUGUCUGGUCCUAUAGCACAUAUAUGAUACAACUGGACAAACUAUAAUGAUGUCAAUAAAAAAGUGAUUGGAAUAAA